CGAAUUAUAUAUGAGUCGUCGGUCGAAAUUGGCAGUGGGCUCCCCCCUGUGCGCGCCGUGGAGCAGACAAAUUGACGCCGUCGCGUCGACCCAUACCGCAGCGCACCUCGAAGCGCAUAGAUGGACGGCGCCUUCGCCGCGCCGGAAGGGGCAGCGUGAAGUAAAGCAACCAAUAUGAAGCUGCGCCUCUUGCCCGUCGUCGCAAUCGCAGCCGCCAGGAAGCCGCGCGCCUCCGCCGGCGUGCGCCGGACCCCGACGCGCGACCGGCCGCUGCUGUUCUUCCACCUGCCCAAGACCGGCGGGUCCUCGCUGCGGCACGUCAUUCUCCAGACGUUCCCAAGAGCGGUCUCGCUCGUGCCCGGGAGCGGGGGCCUUCCCUCCGAGGCGACGGAGCGCGUCCUGGCGAAUGACCAGUGGCGCGACCGGGCGGCCUGCGCGACCGUCGCAGCCGGACACUUCAAGCCCGGGCCGCUGCUCAAGACGCUGGCGGAGAUCGGCGGCUCGGCCGGAUGCGGCGCGCCCCGGCGGUGGGCCUGGGCCUCGCGCGAAAAGCCGCCGGUCGACGCGCUCGACGACGUGGACUGCGUCAUCGCGUCGCGGGACCCCGUCGCGCGCAUGGUGAGCCACUACCUGCACUUCCACCGCCGCAGCUCGGGCGGGCGGAACCGCACGGUGUCGCAGUUCGCGCGGGACGAGGGCGCUUCACAAUUCCACGCCGCGGCUGGCGGCCUCGUCGUGGAGCACUGGCUCUCGUACGGGCUUUUCUGGGGCAACUUCUCGCGGGCGUCGGACGUCGCGCUGGCCGUGCUCCGCAGGUGCAAAGCGGUCUUCCCGGACGCGCCGGGCGGCGAGGCGGCGGCUUGGCUGGCCGGGGCCAAGCGGGCGCCCAGGUUUGUCGACGUAUCGCGACGCAACGUGAACCGGCGCGACGCCGCGGCGGACCGCGCGCUCUCGCCGUCGCAGCUCGACGCGGUGCUGGCGCUCCCGGCGGUCCGGCGCGAGGGCGCCAUCUGGCACGCGCUGCGGCGCGACCACGGCCUGGACGCGUGCUCGGGCUUCGGCUGCUGGCGAGCGGACGGCACGGUGGACCGCGGACGGAGGCCGCCGAGUUAAAAAAAAAAAAAAAAAAACCCGAGUCUGGAUCAUUACUUCCGAGAACCUUAUGAAAGCGUGUGCGAGUUUCGCGAGCCCGUCGCCGGCCGUCGCGUCGAUGGCCGCCGCGCCGACGGCGUCGCCGCCGCCGCCGACGACGGAAGGCAAGAUUGUAAUCGAUGCAUCGCCGUCGCCGACCCUCGUACGCUAUCCACAUUAGGUUCGCGGGCCAUCAUUACUAUCUAUCUUAGAACGCAGUACAACAAUUACUAUCUGCGUUAGUACGC